CUGCCGUCCCUAUCGAUAAAGCUGUCGCCCACUUUUCCCAUGAGCCCCUCACCCCCAUCCCACCUUCCGAGUCUCCGAAAGUUGCUGAUCUUCCCACCUCAUGAUCUCGACUUCGUUCUCCCAUUGAUCACCUCUCCGCCAUUCUUUCAUCCUAAAAACUACGCACCGAUAGUAUCGCCAGCCGCAUGAAUCCAUACAUAUACGCAUCAGACCAAUCUCAACUCAUCAUGACAACUACCAAUUCCACCGCGGAGCAAGCCUCCAGGAUACCUGUUCUCCUACUCAAGACGAGAUCGAGCCCUGGCGAUUCCUACGAAGAUCUUUUCUCAGAAUCUAGUAUUCAUGACAGUGGUUUUGCGCCGCAGUUCGUGCCUGUUCUGCUGCAUCAAUUUCACAGUGAUGGCAUGAAGGAAGUCGCAGCGCUACUUCGCGAUCGCCGCAUCGGAAACCAGGAACAUCAUGAAUACGGCGGCUUGAUCUUCACAUCGCAACGCGCCGUCGAAGCUUUUGUGAAGCUUGUCGAAGAUGGCAAAGCCGAGGACACUCCCAACCCCGAGGAUAACACCUCAUGGCCCCAUCUACAGAACAUCCCCGUCUACAGUGUCGGCCCCGCCACUACUCGCGCCCUCGCCGCCGUCCCUCAAGAUCCCCCUCUCAAAGUCUUCGGUAGCCACACAGGCAACGGCGCAGCCCUGGCUCCUUUUAUCCUCGCCCACUACUACGAAUGGUACCGCGACCAAGCUCGUGCGACUCUCCCGCCGAUUCUAUUCCUCGUUGGGGAGACCCGUCGUGACAUCAUCCCCAAAACGCUACAGGACGGCGCACUACCGGAUACAGAGCGCAUUCGUGUGACAGAGACGGUCGUCUAUGGGACGGGUGUCAUGGAGAGCUUUCCGGUUGAUCUACGCAGGGUCCUCAGCGAAACGCGCAAUGAUCCUAUGCGAUGGAUUGUGGUAUUCUCACCAACCGGAUGCGAUAGUAUGCUUCGAGUCAUGGGAAUUCUGGAUCCUGAAACCAAUAAAGUGUAUAAGGGCUACGAACGGGACGGCAAGACGUUUAUCGCGACCAUCGGACCUACGACGAGAGAUCACCUGCUGUCCUUUGGAUUCGAGCCUGACGUGUGCGCAGAGUCACCGACACCUCAAGGAGUACUGGAAGGGAUCCAGGCGUUUAUAGCCAAGAGACAGAGCCGAGACGGGGAGCAAUCAAACAUUUGAUUUUUUUUGUAAGAAUAUUUGCGGAGUAUUGAAAGGGCCACUAAUGGUGUAAAGAGUUGGGAGUAUCAGCUCCGGGUAUCAUUGAUUUUUACUGAUCUUGCCUUGAAUAUUUUUUGCUGUUGUCCUCCUUGUUAUAUACCCAAAAACUUUAUCCAAACAAAGGUCGCUCUGCCUUCACAGCACACAGAUCUUCCUUCUUCCCAUAGAUCAUCAAUUUAAUGAGAGACCGAUCCGCCUGCGAAUACCAUAUCAUAACACCGAGCGCCAUGCAAACAUGUGAGAGCCAUACCGAAGCAUCAUCAUCAUACGCCCAUAACCCAGAGUUCGACUCCGAUGACGCCAAAUUUGGUUCCCUCGUCACUCAGAGGUUCGUUACCAAAGGUUUCGCACCUUGAGCUAUGUCCGUUUUCAAGUCCAUUGUCUAACCAUAGCCCGUAGUGCCCACCGCCUGAUCCAACACUUAGAAAGCCGGUCUCGCAGUUGAUGCAGAAGUCAUUUAGACCACUGUAUGGGAAUGCUUUGAACCUGACAGCUUCGCUAGGUGUAGGCGACGGCGCGCGAGAAUGUGUAGGGGUGUUGCUCUCCGACGAAGGCGGUGGCGGGGCGAGCGUUAUAAUUCGAGAGUUCAGGUUUGUCGUAUCAGCUGAUGGAGGUGGUGGAAGAGGCGUGAUAGUCGAGGCUCGCCAGAGGAAGCAUUCGCCGUUACCAAAGUACGAGUGCGCAGGAUGCGGGUAUUCGGAUAGGUAUGCGCCAAAGAUCUAAGCAUGUUAGUUAACGGCAUAACGUCAUAUGAGCUCACUCGAUACGCACCCCUCCUUCUAGGUCUUUGACGACCAGGACAAAACCAGCUCGUUUGCCUUCGUAUUGUCGACAGCGCUGAUACAGAGUCGCCAAGCUCGCGCCGUCCUGCUCAAGGCUGUAGACCAGAUGCCAGUCGUCCACGAUGCGUAGGCGCUCAGGAACCAUGGUGCGAAUCUCCUCCGCGACAGCGGCCGUCAGUAACUUAGCCGACGUGGGCGUGCCCUGACGAUAACCAUGAAGAACAAGAGGAUCCAGAGGUGGAGGACGAAGGGGGCUCGCUGUACGGCGCACGGGUGUGAAGACACCGUUUAUACCGUCUUUUGUGCCAUUGCCGUUGUGGUACUUGUAGUCGUCGUCGUAGGCGGUGUCGGCCUGGCUAGGGAACGAACCCUCACUAGAGAAGCGACGGAUGAGGCCGGUCCACAUGUUUGUGAUGUAGGAUGCAGAGGCGCGGUUAGGAUUGUUGGGUGUAGCGGCGCCAGAAGAUUCGGGAGUUUCGGGGGAUUCGUUGCGGUCAGAAGAGCUCAUGACGUGUAAACACAGAGUCUAGUGAUAGUGAUGGUCAAAUUAGGAAGCCCAGGAGGUCAUAGAUACGAGAUUUAAAGCAUUUGGUGAUCAGGAAGUUGAAUAAGAAUAGUGCCGUUGCUAAAAGGGAGACAGGACGUUGAUAUGUAGUGUCGAGAUCUAAGACAUUGGAGGGAAUGAAUAAGUUCUGACGCUGUUAUGGUAAGGUAAGGUAAUGGAGGGCAGCUGUUGGAGAUAGAGGGCAUGAGAUUGGGGGAGCUAGUGGAGCUAGAUAUAGCGGGGUUAACGC